AUGCCUAAACUGGUCAUCAGGCAAACCAGGCCAAGGCCAACAGGACCCAAGUCUUCCAAGAAAAACAUUGCCCAGACCAUCCUGCUGCCAUGUUGCCCCCAGUCACAUUUAUUGUUCUUUUUAUCUUUAUUGUCCUUUAUUCAUAAUUCUGACGGUGGGUUCUUUGAAGGUUGUGGCCGGCCUGUGACUUCAGAUCGAAUUGUGGGAGGUCAGGAUGCAUUGUACGGCCAGUGGCCAUGGCAAGUGAGCCUAAGGAAGAACGGAUACCAUAUCUGUGGAGGGUCCAUGGUUGACACUCAGUGGGUCGUGACUGCUGCUCAUUGCUUCAUUCAACCCUAUUCAGCCUCGGAUUACACUGUAAAUCUCGGAGCUUACCAGCUAUCUGUGCCAAGUGGAGUAAUGGCUCAAGUCAAUAUGAUUCACAUCCAUCCCACCUACAAAUACGCAGGAUCCAGUGGAGAUAUUGCUUUAAUAAAGUUACAAACUCCCGUGACCUAUACAGACUAUGUGAUACCCGUGUGUAUACCAGCUCUAGAUGUGACAUUUCCCAACGGCUUCAACUGUUUCGUCACUGGUUGGGGAUCUAUUCAGCAAGGAGUGAGUCUCCCAUCCCCACAGACACUACAACAGGUCCAGCUUCCCAUAAUCGAUCGUGCAACUUGUGAUGCCAUGUACCAUGUCAACAACCCCACUCUGCCAAGCAAUCAAACCAUCAUCAAGUGGGACAUGAUAUGUGCCGGAUUCAAGGAGGGGAGAAAAGAUGCAUGUCAGGGUGACUCUGGUGGUCCUCUGGUUUGUCAGUGGGACGGAUCCUGGAUCCUCGCUGGAGUGGUAAGCUGGGGAUUUGGAUGUGCCAUUCCUAGCCGCCCCGGUGUGUACACAAGUGUAACGGCGUACGCAAUCUGGAUCCAGCAAUACGUCCAACAGUUGGAGCUCACACCUGCCGUCAUUGAUGUGAACGCCCCCAAUGCAUCCACGGACCCCUCUGGCAACAUCACACUGAUAACCCUCAUACUAGCUCUCACCAUGCACCGGUUUAUGUAGGUGCCAGACUCCCCUCAAUCUGCUGGCAUCAUCUUUAAUAUGCCACCACUGCAAUAAGGCAUCUUACUGUACCCUAUCAUAGCACAGAAAGUAAUAAUGAUGUUUUACCUGCACGUUCAUCCAGGACAGACAGUGCCGAGAGACUUUAUAAUAUAUCAUACAGCUUAUUUAAUUAAAAUUGUAAUUGAAACCAAA